AUGCCCGGCUACUACCAGCGCUCGUUGGCGAGCCAGAUGCCACUCACUCCUCCUGACUCUGGCUCCGGCUAUAGCUACAGUAACAUGCACUACUCCCAGGAGCCAUACAUGCAGCCCGGCCAGCAGUGUCGCCAAGAUGCCGCGUACGAUUUCCAGGGCGCGUACCUCCCACCACCUGCUGCUCCAGCAUAUCCGUAUCCCUCGACCACCCUUCCACCGAUUCAGGGCUACUAUGAGCCAAUGGGAGCGCCCAUCCUUCCACCGCUCAGAAUUCAGGAUGGUGUGCCGUUCGCCGACGACUAUCAGCGUCGYCUACAGCAGAAUGCUCAAGACCAGCAGGAAGCCAUAUCACGCGAGCAGCAACGCCAACAGGCCACCAAGGAGGAGAAGGCGACAGGCGGCGUCUCCGCCAAGCUUGAUUAUGAGAUGGAGCGCAUGACGGAUUUCGUCACUGAGGCUGCCCAGUCAAUCUUCCAGCAUCAGAUGCAAAGCACCCCCUCGUUCCGCAAGUGGGUGCACCAGGUUCUUUCCGCGACGCGACUACCGUCGGCGACGAUUCUUCUCGCUCUGCACUACCUCAACGACCGAGUCGCAAAUUAUCCAGCCUCGAUUGCUCAGGGCGAGAACCAGAUAUACCGCUUGCUUGCGGUUGCACUGAUCCUCGGCAGCAAGUUCCUCGACGACAACACCUUCAUCAAUCGAUCGUGGUCUGACGUCACUGCCAUCAAGGUCACAGAGCUGAACGCACUGGAGACGAAGUGGCUGCAUCUCAUUCACUACGAAUUGCACAUCGAGCCGACCGCCCCGAAUGGACUACAGGCCUGGAUGGACGCCUGGCACAAGUAUAAUGCCGACUGGUUGAUCAAGCAAGAGUAUGCGGCCAAGCAGCAAACUGCCAGACUUUCACCGCUCGACACGACCAAUGUGCACCGCCACACAAGCAGCUCCCGUGACCGGUAUUCGCCAUACCCGACGCCAUCUUAUAGUGCUCCGGCAACAGCACGGUCGUUUGACGCUCCGCUCUCGUCUCGUUCUUCGCAAUUCUCGACGCCUUAUAGCGCCAGUGACCCAUGGGCGCCAAGUGAGCGGCAAGGUCUGGACGACUACUACAAACCUCCGCAGCGCUACCCAUCGUUCGCGGAGGCUGACAGUAUCUCGCGUAGAGUAUCACCGGAGCGGGCUCCACCGCAGACGGCAUACUACGCGCCCAGUGCCCAUCCGUCAUACUACCAGACGCCCACAUACAGCUCAUGGGAUCAAAACGCCUGGAACAACUCCAACCACCGCUACGACUGCAACUGCUCGACAUGCAUGUGUCAACAGCACUAUCGUCCAUACCAAAUGGCAACCAACUACCCACAGCCCGUCAUGGGAUAA